AUGACUACACGCCGUACUAAGAAAUGGCUUUAUGUAAAAGAACGUAAAGCAAAAUUUGCUGCUCGACAAACAACACGUGCUGAAAUUCUACAUGUUGAAGAAGAAGGUUAUAUUGCUCCAAACAAUAUUGAUGAUGAAGAACAACGAACAGCUGAUUUAACUCAAACAGAUAUUAAGUCAUCAGUUGAUAUAUUUAGUGCACAAAAACGUUUUGAUCUUGAACUUCCAUUAUAUGGACCUUAUCAUAUUGAUUAUACACGAAAUGGACGACAUUUAUUAUUAGGUGGUCGAAAAGGUCAUGUAGCUGCAUUUGAUUGGCAAACAAAAAAAUUACAUUGUGAAAUGAAUGUUAUGGAACAAGUCAAUGAUGUAAAAUGGUUACAUAUUGAAACAAUGUAUGCAGUUGCACAACGACAAUGGACUUAUAUUUAUGAUAAUCAAGGUGUUGAAGUGCAUUGUCUUAAAGUACUUGAUCGUUCAUUACAUCUAGAAUUUUUACCUUAUCAUUUUUUACUUGCUGCUACAAACGAAGCAGGAUAUUUAUCAUAUAUAGAUGUAUCAAUUGGAAAGAAAAUUGCUUCUUAUAAUACAAGAAUAGCAAAUGGAAAUGGUAAAUGUGGUACAUCAGUAAUGUGUCAAAAUCCUGCGAAUGCACUUAUUGGUCUUGGUCAUGCUGGUGGAGUUUUAACAUUUUGGUCACCAAAUCAACGUGAACCGUUAGUUAAAAUGCUUGCACAUAAAUCAACGUUACGAUCAAUAACAAUUGAUCAAACAGGAACAUAUAUGGCGACAAGUGGUGUUGAUGCAAAAUUAAAAAUUUGGGAUUUAAGAAAUUAUAAAUGUUUACAUGAAUAUCGUACAUCAUCGAAUGGUGCAUCCACAUUGGCAUUUAGUCAAAAAAAACUUUUAGCAGCUAGUUAUAGAGACGUUGUAGAGAUUUACAAAGAUAUAUAUGAUAAUGAAUCUUCAUCAAAUGAAUUACCACGUUAUCUUGUUCAUCGAUGUUCAAAUAGCUCAUCAGCAUCAUCAUUAGCCUUUUGUCCCUAUGAAGAUGUAUUAGGUGUUGGACAUGACCGAGGAUUUAUUUCAUUACUUGUACCUGGUGCAGGUGAACCAAAUUUUGAUGCAUUAGAAGCAAAUCCAUAUCAAACAAAAAAACAACGAAAAAAUGCAGAAGUUAAACAAUUACUUGAUAAAAUUCAACCUGAUAUGAUUGCUUUGGAUAAUUCAAUAUUAAGUGAAAUCGAUCGAAAAGCAUUUAUAAGAAAACAAGAAGAAAAAAGAAAUAAUUUUAAUUUUGUUAAACCGAAAGAAUUAAUUAUUAAAUCGAAUAAGAAAAAAGGAAAAAUUGGUAAAAAACUUGCACGUAAAACACAAAUACGUGAUGCUAAACUUAAAGAAUACCUUCAACAACAACAAUUAAAACGCAAAAAAACUAAAAAUUAA